UUGAGUUUGAGCAUGCGGAAGCGGGAGGCGGUAGCCAGCAGCAUGUCGAAGAUCUCAGCCAUGCCCUCGACGCAGUCGCCUUCACUCCUGGAGAGCAGACACCAAAGAAAUCAUCAGCCAGAGUCAUGUGAUUGUAACGUAAAACCUAGAACCGGAAAACACCGACGGACGACCCUCUCCGCCGCCAACGAAACGCUGCGUUGAGCAGCGAGCAGCAGAAGCAGCUGCGAGCCCAGAGAGGACGGACGAGUCCCCGGUAAACAAACGAGCGGCGACACGGCAAACUCCACGGCUCGAAACGGAGCGCAGCCUGAAGAAUGGAGUUGGCCAACCAUGGUCUUAUCCUGCUGCAGCAGUUGAACGCUCAAAGGGAGUUUGGCUUCCUGUGCGACUGCACCGUGGCCAUCGGAGACGUCUUCUUCAAAGCGCACAAAGCCGUGCUGGCUGCUUUCUCCAACUACUUCAGGAUGCUCUUCAUUCACCAGGACAGCGACUGUGUGCGCCUGAAGGCCGCCGAUAUCCAGCCGGAUAUCUUCAGCUACCUCCUCAACCUGAUGUACACAGGCAAGCUCGCACCCCAGCUGAUUGAUCCCGCCCGCCUGGAGCAGGGGGUUCGAUUCCUGCACGCCUACCCGCUCUUGCAGGAGGCCAGCCAGUCCGCCUACUCACAGCCCGAGCAAAGCGCGAGCCUCUCCUCAUCCCUCUACGGCAUUCAGAUAUCCGAACAGCAGUCCGCCUUGUCGGCCGGAUCGCUCAAUCGGCGCCAGCUCUCCUCGCCGUGUGACGCAGAGCGGCCCAGCCCAUUCGCCACGGCCGAGUACGCGGUUGCGUACGCUAACGCCUUCCUCUCCAAAGUGGCUUCCUCGCCCUCAGAGGCCGAGGCGUUGACCAGCAGCGCACAGCCAAUGGUUGAGGAAGAUAAAAGUGAUGUGCAAACUGCGGAUGGUUCCUCGGGUAACGCCAUCCUGCAUGUUAAGCCCAGCAUCAUGAAGAGGAGCGCCUCGUUUCGCAAGCAUUACUCCUGUCACCUGUGCAGGAGUCGAUUCAAUCAGAGAAGCCUGUUGAGGGAGCACCUCCUCCAGCACACCCAGGCAUUGCAGCAAACGCCGUCUGAGUCGAGCAACCCCCUCUCUCCGGUGUUAAGUGGAGAACACAGCAUGCUGGAGGCAGAGGCGGUCCUGAAGGGAAACAACGCCACGCACACUCUCUCGGCUGGCGCCACGUCGGUCGAGAUAAUCAGCGACGGCGAGCAAGCGCCUGCCUCGGGUACCAACUCGGACUCUCCGCGGGCAGAGGUGAGCACGUCCAGCUGGAGCAUAGGAGGUUUGAACUCCCAAGCGGACACGCCGCCGCCAUCGGACAUCGCGGACAUUGACAACCUGGAGGGCACCGACCUGGACCGAGAAGUAAAGCGGCGCAAAUACGAGUGCUCCACCUGCGGGCGCAAGUUCAUCCAGAAGAGCCACUGGCGCGAGCACAUGUACAUUCACACGGGCAAGCCCUUCAAGUGCAGCGCGUGCGGCAAGAGCUUCUGCCGCGCCAACCAGGCGGCCCGCCACGUGUGCCUGAACCAGGGGGCCGACUCCUACACGGUGGUGGACCGCCAGAGCAUGGAGCUGUGCGCGGCAGGCGAAGACAGCAGCCAGAUGGAGGCGCUGUUCAUGGGCUCCUCGAAGCCUUACAAGUGUAACAUUUGCGAGACGACCUUCUCCAGUCCGAGCGAAGUGAUGAAGCACCUGUGCUUCAGCCAGGGUGCGCUAGCGGGGCUGCAGGGGAGCGUGGGGUCGUCGAUGCUGCUCCAGCCCGAAGAGUUUCCCAAAGAUGAAGGCUCAGACUUGUCGAAUUCUGGUACUGUUCUAGAAAAUAUAAAGACUGAAGAGAUUCUUGUAGAGUAGUGCCAAGGCGGGUUACUUAGCGCAUCGCUAAAACGUAAGCUAAAUGAAAAUAGUCAGGGUGUGUAUGUUGGAUCUUCUCUUUCUUGCCUUUUUUGUUUGUUUGUUUUUGUUUUGUUGAGGGGAUUUUUUUUUUUUGAGGAGGGUGAAGUUUAAAUUAUACAUGUUCCUCUUUUUCAGCGUUUUGAAACACCAGCGAGGGACGAAGUGUUAACUGUCACCCGUUUUCACGCCGCCGUCGUCGCCCCACACAGUCAGUUUUCUGCUUGAAAGUUGCCGUUGACUGUGGUCAGGGUGCACAAAGAAAGACAGGCUUUCCGUUUUAAAGGAAGAGGAAGUUGAAACUGUUCCGGAGGAGGCGGUGCGCUGUGGGAGGCAGUGGUUGGGUUUGAGAGUAGAAAGCGGUGCACAGUUUUUUUUUUUUUUUUUGUUCCUUUCUAUAACCCUCCUCCCAUUCAAAGUCAUGAAACAGGCAAAAAAAAAAAAAGGAACGAGUCCUGGAAUAAGCUCACAGGCUGCUAUGCAGGAGCAAAGUCACAUCUUCCAUUUAGUGAAUUUUCUGAAAAGGAACUUUGUGUCUUCCUGAGUAAUCAGGUUUUUUUGUUUGUUUGUGUGUUUGUUUUGUGAUUAGGAUUUCGUAUGUCCUGACUUAAAGAAGGACUGCUGCUCGAAACUGUUUGAGUUGACCACAACUGUAAUCUGAAGCGGAAAGCUAGCGCUACUGUGUUGUCAUGGUUACAGCUGUGCUCAUUUGUCAUUAGUUUCAGGAGACAUUUAAAAAAAAAAAGAAGUUACAGCAGUUUGAAUUUAUUCCUAAAUUUUGCCUUCAUAAUUUUGCUUACGGCACUGUGUUUACAGUGAAAACAUGAUAGACAGUUUUUUUUUAAAAGGUGUUAUUAAUGGAGAACUUUAAAGAUACAGUGUGCAGGAUUUAGUGUCAUCUAGUGGCGAGGUUGCACAUUGCAUUAUAGCAUCGUGGGUCACAAUUUUGUUUCCCUGUCAGGUUUGGCAAUGGGGAAUUGUGUUUUUUUUUUUUUUUUUUUUUUUUUUUGCCUUUUUGUGAUAAGCAAUAUAAAAGAGUCCCCCUUUUAAUAAAAAAAACAAAGAGGGUUCUCAAACUUGUUAAUGUGCACCAGCACAGUCCUCCAGCCAUGCUGCAAAAAUCUAAAAAAAUGGAGCACCAGCACAGUCCUCCAGCCAUCCUGCAAAAAUCUAAAAAAAUGGAGUAAGUAGGUCCCUUUUGGGCUCCUGUGUGGCUCAUGAAACACAUCAGUUUGUUGUUCCAGGUAAUUUAUAUCCUAAUGAACAGAUGGUUAUGAAUGCAGUCUUCCAUUUCUGCUAAUAAACACUACUAAAUCCUGCACACUGUAGCUUUAAAUAUGAUAAUUUGGUUUAACAACAGGAUUUAUAUCAGGGAAGAGUACCAAUUUGAUCUUUUUACUGUCUGAGCUUUAAUACUUGUAAAAUGUUGAGAACAUAAAUUUUGUUCCCUUCUGAUAUUUGUACUGAGGACUGACCUUUUGUUUUUUGGCUCAUUAAGUGCAAAUUCAAAUCUUAUUUUCUGUAUUUUCCAUUGGUUUGGCCAGUCCUUGUUAUAACGUGAUACAAUAAGUCAUGGAUGCAGCAGGAAUUAUUUAUAGGAAAACGCGGUGAUCUCAAGAAGACACGUGGCGGUGGGGGAAGUCUGUCGGCUUCUAACACAAAUCAGUUUUGCUCUUUUUUAUGUUUGCAGGUGAAAUGACAGGCUGAUUAUAUCUGUGUACGUGACAGAACACGGAAGCACUCCCGACACAGGCAGGGCGUGCACUCUGGAGACGUAAAAGAUGCCGUUUAUUGAUAAAACCUUGAAACGGUGUCAACACCUUGGAAUAACAGGAAUCCUUUCUAUAGACUACUGAUGACUGAAAAUUGUGAAAAGUUUCCUUAUAAUUGUCCAAUAAAUGUGAAGCAAGAAAA